AUGGCGAACGACUUUUCUAUUCCGGGGGAUGACAUCCUGGAGAACAGCAGCCAGGUGCCAACUAGGAAGCGCUCCAUGAGGCCCAGGUGCCCUAGGACACUGCUAGAGGAGACGUAUUACGUGAGCCCCCUUGACGGCCAGUCCAUGGACGAGGGCGAUCUGUCAGACGAGUCUGCAGAGGACGAGGAGGCUGCAGCCCUGCUGCUGGAGAUGGGCCACUUUCUAGACUCAGCGGUAGAUGCCAGGGCUCUCAGCCCUGCAGCCCAGCCAGCAAAGGCAGGCGGGAGGAAGCAGGGCGCCAGCAUCAGCUUCAGGUGCACCUCAUGCCACCAGCCGGCUGUGCUGCGUGGCGAGAAGCGGCCGACCUUCUUCUGCGCCUCAUGCCCAUCCAAGGGAGGCGCGCAGAAGCGAGCGCAGCGCGCUCUGCAUGGCAGCAGCGGCCGCCUCAUCAGCGUCGCCGAGGCCACCGAGCUGCUGGCAGCCAGAUCUGGCGGCAUCGCGCCUCCAAAACAGCAGGCGCAGCAGCAGAGGGUAUGCCCGCCGAUAUUCCAGGGGAUGGGGCCGGAGCGGGAGCGCUGCAUGGAGCGGCUGCCGUCGGUGCCGGUGCAGAACCGCGCAGCCGACCCCGACUGGGUGCCCUCCCAACUGGCGCGCGCCUGCAGCGAGGGCGGCGAGGCCAACCAGGGCCGCUGCAAGUGCGGCAAGCGCAUCAGCGCGGCGCACCCGCCCUGCAAGAGCGAGCUGAUGCUGCUGUGCGAGAAAUUCCAGGCCCGCUUUGGGGGUCCCCAGGCGGCGCCGUCGCUCAUCCUGCUGAACGAGGCGGCCAUAGAGCUGGCUGUGCCCCGCCGCCGCCUCUAUGACAUCAUCAACGUCCUGGAGGCUGUGGAGAUCGUGACGCGGACUGGCAAGCUGGCGUACGAGUGGAGGGGCCUGAAGCACCUGCCCCAGCUGCUGGACCGCCUGGUUGCUGACCAGCUGGCGGGUCUGCCGGUGGAGGAUCGGCUGCGGCGGACGGCGGCGCCAGCCAAGAACGCAGCGGCGGCCGGCUCGAGCGAGGAGGGCAGCGGCGGCGACGAGGCGGCGCCAAAGGAGCGCAUGCCGCCCACGCACUCCCUCUGGAUGCUCAGCCGCAAAUUUGUUCGCCUGCUACUUACCACCCAGGGCCCCGUCCCGCUGGCGGAAGCAGCGGUGGCGCUGAUCGGCGCUGACGUGGCGGCGGCUCGGCGCGCUCAGGCGCAGAUUACAGUUGAGCGGCGCCUGUACGACAUCGGCUCCAUCCUGUCCUCUGUGGGCCUCAUCGAGAAGACCUACCUCGGCAAACGGCAGCCGGCGUUCUCCUGGAGGUGGCCGUGGCGCAGCAGCAAGCCGGAGGUGGGUGCGGCUCCAGCCAGCCUCAAGCUUCCCGGCAGCAACGGCGACAGCGCCCACGCCAACAGCAACACCAGCUGCGGCACCCUCAUCGACGCGUCCAACACGGCGCCUCAGGGACAGAACGCGGCGGAUGACGCGCAGUGCCUCACCCCGAGCUCCGCAACCAGAGCAGGCGACAAUGCCAAGCGCGCAUGGGCCGCGGCGGUUGGGGGCGAUCCCUCCGCCAAGCGCGCAAAGAUCGAGCCUGCCCCCCAGCCGCAGCCGCCCUUCGGCGCUACCCGUCUCUGCGCAGCGGUCACAGAGCACAUGGCGGGUCACAUGCUGGCUCAUCCCCUGCCGCAGCCCAUGAGCCUGCCCGGCUUUGCAUGGGGCCAGGGCAUCCCAAUGCCGGCCGUGAGCAUGCCACCGCCAGGUGUCAGCAUGCCGCUGCACCUGCUCGCAGCUUCCUACCUGCCCUUCCCCACCAGUCACGCUGACAUGGCGGCCAUGUGGAACGAUCCGCACUUUGCAGCGGCGCUGCGUUCAACGGCAUACCUGCACCUGCCCAUGCCCUCCGACGCGCGUCCCCCGGCGGCCCUGCCAUUCCCCCUGCCUUCGCAGCUCUCCCUGUCCGCCAUUGGCGCAAGCCAGCGCUAG